AUGAUAACAACUUUAGAAGCUGAUGUUAACGAAAAUACAGAUAAAAAAAUACUUCAAUUACAAGGUGAACUUGAUCGUUUCAAACAAUAAAAUAUAAAAUAUAUCCAAUCAGGUAUUAAACAGAAAAAAGAGAACAUUCCAGUUCUAGAAGAAAAGAAAAAAGUCUCCAAUAGUAGACUUCAAUUUGCGGAAGAAUAUGCUAAAAUAAAACAGAACGACGUUCCUUCUCAAAUUGAAUGUUACAAAAAAUUACUUGAAACUAUUAAACAACCAGAUUCAUGUUCAACAUUUCUUAGAGAUCAAUAUCAACAAAUAACUCAAUUAAUAAAUUAUCUUAAUUGCUUAGAAUAUGAAAAUAAGGAUAAACGACCCGAUUCUAACAGCAAUAAUCUUCAAGAUAAUUUGAAUUUAGAAAACAAAUCGGAAAAUUUACCCACGACAGUCUCAUCAUUAGAAAAUGAACAAAAACAAGUCGAACAGUUAGAGAACGAAUUAUCUGAAUUAAAUCUAAAGAAAACACAAGCUGAACUUGAUUUACGAGAAAGAAAUAUUAUUAAUAAAUCAAAAGUAAUUGAACAUCAGUUGAAUUAUUUGAAAUUUCUUCCAGAAAUAAAAGCUCUCCAAGAGAAAUCAAUUUUAUUGAAUAAAUCAUCUCAAAUAUAUAGUCGAACUCAUUAUGGAUUUGAUUUACGAGGUAAAAAAUAUGCUUUUCAGUUACCAGAUCCUGGAAAUGAACAGGCUCAGCAGGAUACUAUCAAAAAGAUUAAUGACAUACUUGAACUUGUUGACUUAAUAGAUAAACAAAUAGUUGAGCUGAAAGCCGAAAGACAAAAUCUUAUUGAACAAUCGGAAAUUACUUCGGAAGAAAAGAAAUUGAGUCAUUUUAAAAGUAUUGAAAAGUUUCUAUUGACUCGAUUUAUUCGUUUGUCCGGAUUUGAUCGAUUUACUGAUGGAAAAAUAUUAAAUGGAAUCGAAUCUUUUAUAUCUGUUUUAAUUUCUGAGAUCAUAGAUCGACCUCAUUUGUAUCAAAUUGAUGGUUUUAAUCAACCUGAUCCCAUCAUUGAACAAGGUUUAAACAAAAUUUUAAUGAAAUCAAAAGAUGAGAAUAAUCUUUCUCCAUUUAUAUCGGAAAUUAAUAAAGAGUAUUCUGAUGAAGGUUGCAUUUCUGAAGUUGAUAUUUUAGAAGCAGGAGAAACAAAAAAAAUAUAUAUAUCGAAUGUUUCUGAUUUUGAAGUUCAUAACAAGAAAACACUAUAUCUUUUCAAACAUGAUACUCUGUAUUUUGUUCUGAAACACGAUCAAGCAAUUAAAUUAAUAGAUAAUGAAAAUCUUAAUUUUAAAUUAAAUAUAAAUAAAAAUCUAUCGGAUUUAUCAAAUGAAACAGAUCUAUUAGAAGAUUUAUUUCGAAAACGACUAGCAUAUAGCUAUAAAGAAAAUUUACAAUUAUCGAAUAAAUUAGCACAAGUUUAUCAAAAUGAAAUUAAUCAGUUAAGUCAAAUUCAUUCAACAAAAGAAUUGAACGCAAUAUUUUCGUCAUAUACAAAUCCGACACUUUUUUACUUUCUAUCAAAUAUAGAUGAAAAUUUAGAUCGACUCGGAUUAAAAUUAAACAAAUUUGAUUUCGAAUUCGAAGAAAUAUCAAAUUUUAGCUUAAUUAAAAUAAAAGAUCUUUAUAGAACAGCUAUUAUUAAAGUAUUAUUUGAUGAACAAGAAAGAAGAAAACAAAUUCGUUUAGAAAAGCUAACAAAGAAUGAAAAUGAAGAAAUUCAUUUAACAAAUCUUAUUCAACAAGAUGAAGAAAGAGAAAAACAAUUAUUAGAAAAAAUAGCUAAAACACAGGAAGAAAUUUUUAAAGUUGAAUCCGAUUUAAAUAAAAUCAUUGGUCAAAUGACGCAAUCGGAAGAAAUUUAUAAAAAACAGAUUGAAAAUUUAGAACAAGAAAGAAAGAAGAUUUUAUCAGAGUUGAAUGAUUUAAAUGAAGAAUUAGAUAAAUUAAGCAAAGAUAUGAUUAACAAUGAAAAAGAAAUUCGAAAAAUAAAACAGAAAGUGGAAGAUUUAAAUACUCAAUCACAAAAUGUCGGACCGUUAAAUGGUCAGUUAGUUUCUGAACUUGGUAUUAAUAUCAAAGGGGAUCCAAUUCAAGUUAAAAAAUAUAAAAUUUCCGUAAGUGGUAAUGUUUCUUAUCGAGGAAUUCAUCAAAAUUUAAAAGAUACGAUUGAAAGAGAGAUCAAAUGUCAAAAUGGUGGUUUAUUUUUCGACGAAGAAUAUUUAAAAGUAAUAGCAAACGGAAUAAAUUCAUUGGAUGAUUUACCUAAAGAGAUAAAAUCUGUGAUUGUCGAUAGAAUAAAAAUAGACUAUCAACAACAUGAAUGGGAGGAUAGAUUGAAUAGAAAAUAUGAAAAAGCAGUUCAACAAUUAAAUGAAUUAAAGAUUGAUUAUAAGAAAAUUGUUGGUUGUUAUGUAGAUCAGAUUGAAAUUUUAUGUGGGGGUAUCUUUCUACUAGAUUCAAAUGAUUAUUAUCCAGGAAUUGAUUUGAUAAUUCGAGCUAAACGAAUGAAAUGUGGAAUUGAAGGAAAAUCUGUCAAGUUGAUAACUACAGGGUCAGAUGCACGAGAAUUUCGUUUCAAACAAGCAUCAGAUGGAAGUAAAAAACGUACCUAUCGUGACAUUCCAGAAGGUCAUUCUGGUUACGUUGGGGAAUUCGGUCGAGAUGGUCAACAUGCAGGAAAUAUUUUCAUUAAAAUAGAUGAGACAAUCGAAAAUUUAGAAAAUUUAGAAUCUGUUGAACUUUCAGGUGGCAAGGGAAGUUCAGGACAGUUAGGUGGAAGUGGGGACAGGGGACAUAAGGGAAAAGAUGGAGAAAAUGGCAAAGCAGAAGAUACUCGUGGAUUUGCAGGUGGACAAACUACUUUUGGAUUUGGUCAACCAGGAACACACAGUGGAGAUGGAGGAAAUGCAGGUUUUUCAGGACGCGGUGGUAAAGGCGGACAGCCAGGCAAGUUAACCAUCAGUGAUAAUCAAGGUGAUCGAUUUGAACAAAUCAAAGAUCGGAUUCAACAAAAAGAAGGUUUAGCAGGUGAAGAUCCUGAUUUGUCAAGUAGUACGGCAUCAAAAGGAGGAGAAGGUGGUGAGCCAACGAUUGUUGGAAUGGAUCAAGUCAGAAAUAAAAAGAGUUUUAUUCGUAAAACAACGACAGAGAAUGGUGAAAUUGAUAUUCCCUAUUUAUUAGAAAAAAAUCCUGAAUUGCGAGAGACAAUAGAAAAAAAUGAAGACUUUGGAUACAGGGGUCUUCCGACAUACGUGUCAGUUACGUUCGUUCUUGUAGCUCCUAUUAUUAUUGCUCCUCUUCCAUUACUGAUUGAUGGUACUAUUCCUUAUAGAAUGAGUAAAAAUGAAGAACAAUAUAGACUAAACCCAAGAAGAGAUAAAAAUACGAAAGGAAAAUCAAAAGAAAAUGAAACUAGUCGAUUUCGACAAGAAACUGAAAGAGAAUCCGAAACAAUCAAAAGAGAUUUCAGUGAUACUUCAAACUUAGAUCGAUCUCUGCUCGAGAAAUGUAAGAAAGUAUCAGAAAAUAUUAAAGAGAAUGAUUAUGAACAAAUAGUUAAUCAACUAAAAAUAGAAGAACAAACUAUUAAUAGUAAAAUAGCAGAUUAUCAAAUAGCACAAUUAGACAGUGACAUAAAUGAAUGUGAAAAUAGAUUGCGUCGAUUAAGACAGGAGAAUGUUGAAUUGAUGCAAGAAGAAUCAUUAGCCAUAGGGCAAGAACUUGAAUUAACGACUCGUCAAAUAGAUCUACGAGAUAGAAUAAAUGAAAAACAAUUAACUCAAAAGAUUUCUGUAACUAAUUUACAAAUCUAUCCCGGAUUAUAUCGUCAAUAUCAGGAAGAAUAUGGUAGAAUGAAAGAUUAUUUAAAUGAAUAUAAAAGUGUCAAAGAAAUUCUAUUGAAAAAAAAACGAGAAGAAAAAGCUCAAAUAGAAAAUGAAUUAGCACAAUUAAAUACUAAUUUAAAAGAGAAUAGAAAAAAAUUAAGUCGUUUUAAAGAUGAGAAACUUACAUUAUUGAAAGAAGAAGCUAUUUUAACUGAAGAUAUUUUACAAAAAACUGAAGAAGAAAUACAAUAUGAACAUGAAUAUGAAAUCAAUUAUAUUUUAGAUAAGGAAAUUGAGAGUCCAAGAAUUAGAAAAACUUUUUUAAAUAAAAUCGAAGAAGAUGCUUUUCUACCUUUUGUUCAAAAAUUAACAAAUUCUGAUCAAAAUAAUGGAAAUUUGCUAGUUUUUCGAGUAUUAAGCGCUUCUAUUAGUGGAAAAGAAGAUGAUCAAUUGGUGGAACGUAGUGUUUGUUGGUUAAUUAACUUCGAUCCAACAAAAAUUGAUUUUCAGGAGAUAACUAAGAUUAUUAAGCAAUUCUUUCAAGGAGAUGAAACAGUUCUAUGUCAAUUUGAGAACAGUCAUAAGUCAGCAAAGAUCGAACAGUUUGAUCCAUAUUCUAUCUUCAUAGAAUCGUUAAAAGCGAUGAUAAAUAUACUUAAAAAUAUUUUUCAAACAAAAUUAAGUGAUAUGAAAUUUAAUUUAAAGCAAAUCGAACGAUUUUACAGAGGAAUUCAUUAUAGUUACGAAAUUGACAUGAAUCAAAUAAUUCAAAGUAUUCAAAAUAUGAAGAUUGAUAAUGGUGAUUUAGAAUUGAAUAUAAUUUUUGUUAAUUUUUUGAAACAAAUUGAAUUAAUAACCAUAGAAAAGUUUUUAGAUAAAAUGGAUAAAAAAACUAGGAAUAAUUUAUUGAAAAAUUUGAAAUUAGUUUUAAAUUAUUUAAAUAAUAAAAAUGAAGAAAUAAUGUUUUCUUAUUUGGAUAAAGAUUUCUUAAAUCAAUUAUCUGCUUUAAGAGCAAAAUUAGGCGAUUUUAAUAAUAGUUUAUUAAUCAAUAUAGAAAAUGGUUUAAAAAAUAUAAAAGAAAAGCGAUUUUUACAACAGAUUAAUAUUAUAGAUGAUGUUGAACAAAUGAUUCAAAUAUUUGAUUUUAGAAGAUUGUUUAGAUUAGAAUGUUCGAGCAUUGAUUUUCAUCAUAAUAAUUCAUGUUUGACUAAAUUAGAAUUAGACAUGCUGGAAUUUAAUGAAAAGCCAACUUUUGAGCAACUUAUUUCAUUGGCUAAAAGUUUUCGAGAUGUCCUAGAAGAAAAAAAAGACCUUUUUUAUGGACGAUCUGUAAAAAAUGAUAAGAAAUUUUUUGAAGUUAUCAUUCACAAUUUUGAUUACUUUGCACAGAGUACUUUCGAGCCAAAUUUAUUGGGAGAAUUCGAAGCGGUUAUAACUAAGCUUCCUUUUACGAAACAAUGCUUCGAUGAAAUCUAUCAAGAUUUUUUAAUUAAAAUUAAGAAUAAAAAAGACUUAGAUAAAUUAAUAACAUGUUUAGAACAGAAAAGUCUAUCUUCAAAAAGUUACCAUACCAUUGUAAAUAAAUUACUUUCAUCUUAUAUUGAUCUUGAUGAACCUAAGAAACAAUCUAUAAAAGAAAAAAUUAAUCAAGUUCAAGAUAAUAAUAUUGAACUUGUAUAUAAAGAGUUGCGGAGUUUAAUAAAUCCUGAAGAAGUAGAAGUCAAAUGUGAGCAAUUAAAUGAAGAAUUAAAUGAAAGAAAUCAAGAUAUGGAGUUUAUAAAAAGCAUCAAGCCAAUUAUUGGCGAAAAAUUUCAAACUGUUGAUUUGGAAAAUAUGCCUUUGUCUAGUAUAGAAAAAGUCGUAGAAACAAUUCUAUUGGAAGUGUUUUAUGAACUUUAUGACAUGUAUAAUGAUAAAUCAUUACGAGAUAAAGCCAAAGAGGAUUAUAAAGAACAAGUACUAUUUAUUUUAAAACUAGAUAAAAAUCCUGAAAAAUGUUUUUCUAUGUUUCAAACAUUAUGCAAACAAAGUUAUUAUUGUAAUGAUUUAUUAAAUACGGAUGAUUUUGAAAUGUUCGAUCGAAUAGAAAUUAAGAAUUCUCUUUUUAAACUAGAUUAUUAUUAUCAUAAUAUACCUUGUGACUUAGAAAAUAUACCUUGUCACUUAGAACAACUACAAAAACUUUUUAAAAUAUCAAAAACUUUUUUAUCGAAUCAAACUUUAGAAAAUUGUCCUUAUAAAUUAGACGAUUUCGAGAAUGCGGUUCAUCGAGUUUUAACAAUUUUAAAUAGUGAAUUUGGAAUAGAUACAACUGAAGUCAAGUAUUAUUCUCAAUUAGAAAAACUCAUUAAUGAAGUGCAAUUAUACUAUGAAAGACAUUUAAAAUUCGCUGAUAAAUGUGAAGCCUUUCUAUCCAAUGUAAGUGAUCAUAAACAUAUAAAAGAUGUUCCUAUGAUUGAAACAAAUAUUAAACAAAUUGAGAAAAUUCAAUUUUCAUAUAAAGGUGAAGAAAAACUAUUUCAUUUAUCUAACAAUGAUAAUGCGGAAAUAAAUAUAGAUUGGUUAAAAUAUUUACGUUUCGUUCAUGAAUGCAAUCCUACUGAUCAAGUAUUAGAAAAAAUUAAACUAGAUUAUGUUAAACAGAUUGAAUCAUUAAAAGAACAGAUAGCUAAUGAGCAGCUUGAAGAAUUUAUAAGAAAAUAUAAUCAAAAUGAAAGUUGUGAUAAACAAACAAAAUUUCUAAAUAUUAUUACAAGUAAUAAGAAAAACGAAAUAUUUAUAGAGGUACUUUAUCAUCUCGAAAAUAGUAUUAAAUUUCAAUUCGAACAUGAAGAAAAAUUAAGUGAAACAAUAGCUGAAUUAAAAUCAUUGAACGAAAACAAUCAGUUCUAUGAUAUAAUUCGUAUUUUAGAAGAACAUGAAAAUACUUUAUUUGUUACUUUAAUCAAUUCAUUAUAUAGGCCUAUUUUGGGUAAACAAAUAUCAAGUGAAUCAAUAUUAUCUAAUAACAAAAAGGAUAUAAUUCAUCAAUAUGAACUUGAUUCACAUGUAAAGGAUAAAAAAUAUAAAGAACUUCAAAAGAAAUCAAUUGAACUUUAUUUAGAAAAAUUUGAUCAAGUUUUAUUAAAAAAUUGUGAAGACGGUGACCUUUUUUAUCAAUAUAGAAUACAAAUAUUUAAUAAUUUAUUAAAAGAUACUAAAGAGAAAAAUAGUGAAGAGAUCGAAAAAACUUUAGCUUCACAUUUAAAUCAACAAAUUUUCUCUAGAUUAAAGAAAAAUAAUGUUUUAAAAUACAAUAUAAUUGAUUCUAAUCGUUUAGUAACAAUUCCUAGUACUCGAGUUAAAACAAAUUUUCUUAGUAUAAAAAAACUUGAUUAUUUUUUUGAUAAAAACGGAAGAUUUUUGAUCGAAACAGCUAAGAAAUUAAAUGAAUAUUCUGUAGAGGUUACUUUAGGUGAGCAAAAAAGAAUUUAUGAUUUUUCUUGGCAUAAUUCUGAUCAAUUUGAUGAAAAUUAUCAAAUGUUAAAUGAUUUAUAUACUUCAUGUCGAAUAGAAUUAUUUCAAAAAGCAAUUCAUGAAUUUAAUCAUAAUUUUACGGAAAAAAAUCUAAUAGAAAUAACUAAACAUUUCACCUAUUUAUUUCGAUUAGAAACAUUGAUCAGAUUAAACACAAAGUCUCAAAUUGACACGAUCAUCAAUUUUUUAAAAGAAUUUUAUUCGAUUAUUGUAGAUGCGAUGUUUCCUAAUACAGAAGAUCAACUUAUUAUUUCAGAUUUUAUUUUAGCAUUGAAUUCUUUUGUAUCAUUAGAUGAUAAUAAAAAGAAUAUGAAGAAUUGA